AUGUGGGGGUGGCUCUGGCCCCUCCUCCUGAGCUUCCUUGCAGCAACUGCAGUCCCUGGACCUUCGCUGCGGAGACCAUCCAGAGAACUAGAUGCCACCCCUCGGAUGACCAUUCCCUAUGAAGAGCUCUCUGGGACCAGGCACUUCAAGGGCCAAGCCCAGAACUACUCAACACUGCUGCUGGAGGAGGCUUCGGCAAGGCUGCUGGUGGGAGCCCGAGGCGCCCUGUUCUCUCUCAGUGCCCAUGACAUAGGAAAUGGGGCUCACAAAGAGAUCCGCUGGGAGGCCUCCCCAGAGAUGCAAAGCAAAUGUCAUCAAAAAGGGAAAAACAACCAGACAGAGUGCUUCAACCAUGUGCGGUUCCUACAGCGGCUCAAUGCCACUCACCUCUAUGCCUGUGGGACUCAUGCCUUCCAGCCCCUCUGUGCAGCCAUUGAUGCUGAGGACUUCGUCUUGCCAACCAGCUUUGAGGAGGGGAAGGAGAAGUGCCCUUAUGACCCAGCCCGCGGCUUCACAGGCCUCAUCAUUGAUGGAGGCCUCUACACAGCCACACGGUAUGAAUUCCGAAGCAUUCCUGACAUCCGCCGGAGCCGCCACCCACACUCUCUGAGAACUGAGGAGGCGCCAAUGCACUGGCUUAAUGAUGCUGAGUUUGUGUUCUCCGUCCUGGUGCGGGAGAGCAAGGCCAGUGCAGAGGGUGAUGAUGACAAGGUUUACUACUUCUUCACGGAGCGUGCUGCUGAGGAGGGCUCCAGCAGCUUCGCUCAGAGUCGCAGCAGCCAUCGUGUGGCCCGAGUGGCCCGUGUAUGCAAGGGAGACCUGGGAGGGAAGAAGAUCUUGCAGAAGAAGUGGACAUCCUUCUUGAAGGCUCGUCUCAUCUGUCAUAUUCCACAGUAUGAGACACUGCGUGGGGUCUGCAGCCUGGAUGCCGACACUUCAGCCCGCACACACUUCUAUGCGACCUUCACGCUGACCACACAGUGGAAGACCCUGGAGGCCUCAGCUAUCUGCCGCUAUGACCUGGCUGAGAUACAGGCUGUCUUCGCAGGCCCCUACAUGGAGUACCAGGACAGUACCCGGCGCUGGGGCCGCUACGAGGGUGGGGUGCCUGAGCCCAGGCCUGGCUCGUGCAUCACAGACUCAUUGCGCAGCCAAGGCUACAAUUCCUCUCGAGAUUUGCCGUCCAUGGUCCUGGACUUUGUGAAGUUACACCCACUGAUGGCUCGGCCUGUGGUGCCCACCCGUGGACGGCCCCUGCUGCUCAAGCGCAACGUACGCUAUACACACCUCACAGGGACACCUGUCACCACGCCUGAUGGACCCAUCUAUGAUCUGCUCUUUCUCGGCACAGCUGAUGGCUGGAUCCACAAGGCCGUGGUCCUAGGCUCUGGGAUGCACAUUAUUGAAGAGACACAAGUGUUCAGGGAGCCCCACUCUGUGGAGAAUCUAGUCAUCUCUCCAACGCAGCACAGCCUCUACGUGGGGGCUCCUAGUGGUGUCAUCCAGCUACCAUUGUCCAGCUGCUCCCGCUACCGAUCCUGCUAUGACUGCAUCCUGGCCCGGGACCCCUACUGUGGCUGGGACCCCAGCACCCAAGCCUGCAUGGCAACCACCACCAUAGCCAACAGGACAGCACUGAUACAGGACAUAGAGAGAGGAAAUCGAGGCUGUGAGAACAGCAGGGAUACAGGGCCACCACUACCACUGAAGACUCGCUCUGUGCUCCGGGGCGAUGAUGUCCUCCUGCCCUGUGAUCAGCCAUCCAACCUGGCCCGGGCCCUGUGGCUACUCAAUGGGAGCAUGGGCCUGAGUGAUGGGCAGGAUGGCUAUCGUGUGGGCGUGGAUGGGCUGCUGGUGACAGACACACAGUCAAAGCACAGUGGCAACUAUGGCUGCUAUGCUGAGGAGAAUGGCCUCCGCACCCUGCUGGCAUCCUACAGCCUCACAGUCCGGUCGGACACUCCUGCCCCAGCUCCACAAGCCCCUGCCACAGCUGGGGCACAGCUGGCACCCAGUGUGAGGCUGUUCUAUGUGCUAGCCAUUGCUGCACUUGGUGGCCUCUGCCUCAUCCUGGCCUUCUCCCUCCUUUAUGUGGCCUGUCUGCGGGGAGGUAGACGAGGGCACCGACGAAAAUAUUCACUGGGUCGGGCCGGCCAGGCAGGGGGAUCUGCUGUGCAGCUGCAGACAGUUUCAGGCCAGUGUCCCGGAGAGGACGAUGAGGGUGAUGAUGGGGAAGGGCCUGGGGGCCUGGAGGGCAGCAGCCUCCAGAUCAUCCCCGGGGAGGGAGCCCCAGCCCCCCCGCCCCCCCCACCACCACCGCCACCGGCAGAGUUGACCAAUGGGCUGGUGGCACUGCCCAGCCGGCUGCGAAGGAUGAAUGGCAACAGCUACGUGCUCCUGAGGCAGAGCAACAAUGGAGUGCCAGCAGGGCCCUGCUCCUUCACUGAGGAACUCAGCCGCAUCCUGGAGAAGAGGAAGCACACGCAGCUUGUAGAGCAGCUAGAUGAGAGCUCUGUCUGAGCCCAGCCUCCCAGGACAAAUGCUCUUCUUCCAAGCCAGCCUGUCUGCCCCGUAGGGCCUCUGCCUCCCCAACACAGCCACCCUGCCUUCACACAUGCCCACUCCCCAUGCCCUUCUCCCAACUUUUUGAUGUCCCUGUAGGGCUGGUCAGAGUCAGGCCCAGCCAAAGCCCCCUCCUCAGUCUCCACAGACCCACAUGUGAGCAGCCCAGGCCUGCUGGUGCUCCUCAGAGCAGGGCUCUGCAGGUCCAGAUGGCCUCAACGUCACCACAUUCUGCAUGGCCCUGUGUAGAUGGUUCUGAAGCCAGACAAGACUCUGCCAGCCAUCUGAGCCCUGUGUACACUCACAUGAGCACAUGGAAGAAUGUUUAUCAGCUGGGCUGCAGCGCCCCCGCCCCCAUCUUAUCCUGGUGCAUUCUUGUGUUUUAUCCCUUCUCCUGGACUUGGGGGUGCCUUCCUAAUUGCCACAUCCCUAUCUAGUCCACUUCCCCAGACCCAGCUCCAUGUGGUGACCUCUUUGGCAAGAGCUUGGGAACAGGGCAGCCUGGGGAGGUAAGGCUACAUCAUUCCCCUCUUCUUCUUGUGCAGCCCUUGUGAGUCAGCCUCCCCUCUCCCUUUGGUCACUUUCAAGAGUAACAGAGCUCGAGGCAUGUCCUUUCCCAUGCACAUGUAGUAACACACACCUGUAUCACCCAUGUGCUUACAUUUCCACUCAUAUCACCUUCUGAGCCUCCCCUUGCUGCCUCAGACACGUUAGGUGUGGUUUGUGGACAUUUCAGAGGGAGACUCCCCUCCCAUUCAGCUGUCCUCAUGGACCCUUCCCUAGGACAGGUGACCAACACUGCACUCAAUGAGCCAGCCUCCCUUUUGGGGACCAAGCAUUUGCUUCCCCUAGACCAGAACAGGGGAAGGGAGAUCUGAUGUAUCAACUGGCACAUGAAGCCCGUUCUUGGAACUAUGCAAAGGGCAGAAGCUGGGAGUUUGAAUGCUUGGCUCCCACCCCUGUCCUACCUCACCGGGGCACUUUCAGGGUUCAGGGGCCUAUCAAGUCUCUAGGCCCAUAGGGACAAUCAAUCCUGAGUUCCCCGUUCCCCUUGGGUGAGGAUGACUGUUAUUUUUGUAGCUGAGAACGUGGAAUCCCACAGGUUUUUACUGCCCUUCACCCAACCUCUCCAACCUCCACCCCACAAUGAAUGUAUUUAUUGUGAGAAUGGCUACAAUUCUUUAGGAAUGCUCCCACUCACCAACCAGGUGGGCGGAACAGGCACAUGACAGAGUGGGGAGUCUGGGCGCAGCUCCUCCCCCUGUAAGUUAAU